ACAAAGCCUAUUUUGAUGGGAUUUUUACACCAUAAUGAAUCGUUAGCCAUAUAUGACAAUCAUAAAGAAUACAAAAUGGGUAUUUUUUCACUACCCGUUUUGGCAUUGAUAGCCAUUGUGGGUGUGGUGAUCAAGGCAGUCCUGUACUUCACUGCAAAAUCUAAGAAUCCAUUCGAGGAACCUAUACGGACACCAGUAAAGCCAAAAGUCACUGACCAGAAGACUCGAGAUGCUGUUCUCAAGCAAGGCUUUAGUGAGGACAAAGUGCCAGCAAACUUAGAUGCCAUAGUUGUGGGCAGUGGCAUUGGAGGAAUGUCAACAGCAGCCAUUAUGGCCAAAGCAGGAAAGCGAGUGUUGGUUUUGGAGCAACAUGACCAGCAUUUUCUCUUUUCACCAGAUGAAACCUAUGACGAGGUCAUUUUCGCGGAACCGGAAAAGCCAGUUCGUAAAUAUCCAGUCAGAAGUGGCAAGGGGAACUGGGCUUCUGACCUCAAAAAGCGUUUCCCAUUAGAGGAGGCCAAUAUUGAUAAAUGGCUCUGCAAGUGCAUAGCCACAGAGGAGUCUAUUAGUAGACCUUGCUUUAGUGAGGACAAAGUGCCAGCAAACUUAGAUGCCAUAGUUGUGGGCAGUGGCAUUGGAGGAAUGUCAACAGCAGCCAUUAUGGCCAAAGCAGGAAAGCGAGUGUUGGUUUUGGAGCAACAUGACCAGAUAUUCUUCCUUACCUUCAAACCAAAGCAUUUUCUCUUUUCACCAGAUGAAACCUAUGACGAGGUCAUUUUCGCGGAACCGGAAAAGCCAGUUCGUAAAUAUCCAGUCAGAAGUGGCAAGGGGAACUGGGCUUCUGACCUCAAAAAGCGUUUCCCAUUAGAGGAGGCCAAUAUUGAUAAAUUUUUUGCCUUGUUGGAAGAAAUCCGUGAAGGCAAUUCCAAAUCAAUUUUAGUGAAGGUGCUUCCACUCUGGCUUGUGUGGUUCCUAAAUACUACAGGCCUUCUUAGUUACAUUACUGAUUUUUAUGACUGGAAUGCAAAAUCUUGUAGGGAGGUUGUGUAUGGAAUAACAGAAAACCAGGAGCUCCGGGACAUUUUUUGCUAUUGCUUUGGAGACUUUGGUACCCCUCCAAGCAAAGCAGGCUUCCCAAUGCAAACUCUGCUCCAUACCCACUUUCAAAAAGGUGCUGCAUAUCCCAUUGGAGGAGCAUCAGAGAUUGCUUUUCACAUUAUUCCAGUUAUUGAGGCUGCAGGAGGCAGAGUGCUUGUGCGAGCUGAAGUCACUCAAAUACUUCUAGGUCAUAAAGGGGCAGUGUGUGGUGUUCAGGUGAAAAAAGGAAAAGAAAUUUAUAACAUUCAGGCUCCAGUGGUGAUAUCAGCAGCAGGACUCUACAACACGUACGAGCGUCUGUUGCCUUUGGACAUAGCUUCAUCAUCAAGGAUAUGGCCAGUAUUGCAGGACCUCGAACAUGGGCCAGGGGCUAUGUCUGUCUUUGUGGGCCUGGACUGCUCUGCUGAAGAACUUGAUAUCAUUCACAAAAAGAAUGCUUGGGUGUUCACUGGCAAUGAUAUAGAUAAGCUCACCCUGAAUUACUUAAAUCUCACUCGGGAAGAAGCAUUGGAUGUGGACAUACCUCUUCUGUUCAUCUCCUUCCCUUCAACUAAGGACCCAGAAUGGGAUAAAAAGUACAAAGGUAAAACAACCAUGGCAAUUGUUACCCUGAUGCCAUAUCACUGGCUCGAACAGUGGAAAGAUGAGCGGGUGAUGAAGCGAGGAGAUGACUAUGAGGGCAUCAAGAAGAUCUUUGGACACAAGGCAGUUGAACAGGCUUGCCAGCUUUUCCCAUCAAUCAGGGACCACAUUGACUAUGUGAACAUCGGAACUCCACUGUCAAAUCAACACUAUCUUGGUGCCCCUCGAGGAGAGAUAUAUGGCCUGGAUCAUACUCGGGAGAGAUUUUCAGCAUGGGCCAAUGCUGUGCUCAGGCCUAAAACUGACAUACCUGGACUCUUUAUAUCAGGACAAGACAUCUGCUCUUGUGGCUUUUCAGGUGCCCUUUGGGGAGGUAUUCUCAGUGCUUCUGCAGCACUAGAACGCAACGUGUUCAAUGACCUUGCAGAUGUCCACAAAAGGGGGAAAGCAUUGAAGAAGUCAAACUAACAGCAGGAAAGGGAUUUCCCUCUUUGCUUUUCUUUCACACAGAGUAUUUGAAUAUCAUAUUAGUUGAUAUUAUAUGUAAAAUCUAGAUUUGAAUUCAUUGAAAUUCAUUCUCAAUAAAUUAAAAAACAAACAGUAUAAAGGAAGGAGACUGGAACAGUAUGUUUCUUCCUGUUCUUCAGUUCAUUACUGUCUUUACUGCAUUGAGUCGUGAAAAUUUGUUUUAGAUACUUGUUUGAGACGUUGAUGUGUUUUGUAGCAUUUAUUUGUAUCAUGAGUGAGUGGAAGAAUGUGUGCACCAGUGAAUUUGGUGAAGUUUAAUAUAUGGUGCUAUUGAUAGUUGUUAAAAAAUAUAUAUUUUUGGACAACAGUGCAAGCUGAACCUUCAAGCACAGCAUGAUUGAGGAGAGGUGAAUAUUUUUCUAUGGUUUUACAAGGAGGAAUGACCCUAGCCUGGGACAUGUAUUUUUUUUAACAUUCCUCUGGAAUGUUGAAUCCAUUUUAUCCUUUCUUGGUUUGUUAAUAGAAUGAGAAUGUCCAAAUCAAAUAACUGAUUUUGGUAUUCUUAUAUGAAAUAUGAUUUUUUCAAACUUUUAAAUGGUUUCAUUCAUGAAAGAUCAGAGCAGAUAAACCUCUUUUUUGGGGGGAGGAGGGGUAUGUCACUUAAGAAAAGGUGUAUGUAUGUAUGAUCUAGAGAUUCAUUGUAAUACUUUUAAGUAAAAAAUAAUAAUUACUGAACCACAGUAGUACAUAAUACUUGGUCAGAAGCCAGUUUCCUCAUAACUGCAUUAAACAAGUUAUAUUUCAUUAAUAGGAAAGAGAGAUUUGAAGAUUCUGCUCAGAAAUAAAGAAUUAAUGAAUUGAAAAAAAGGAAAAUGGUUAGAUAUUAUAUCUUACUUUGAAUAGCAUUAAAAUAGAUGUAAAUGGUUUAGUGGAAGUUUGACUCAAGUUUUGAUUGCUAGUUGUAGAAUCUUGUCAUACUGUUCUCUAAAUGCUAGUGUGAGUGUAUUUCAGAUGUUUUGGAUAUUUUCAAUUGUUUAUUUUACAUUCAUUAACUAAUACUGUGAAAUCAGUAACAUUGUAUUUGUUUUCCUUACUAAAGAAUCUAUGUAUGUAUGUGUAUAUAUAUUAUUAAACAGAUAACUUCAUGUAUUAUCUCCUGGACAAGUACAUGUAUGGGCUGGGCAGUGAGUGUGAGCAGAUGGCUAAGUCAUGUAUUCACCAUGUUGUCCAAGAACACUUACCCUUGGAUGGUAUAUUCUUUUAUUUGCACCACAUAAACCCAGGCAAUCCAGGAGCAUUCAAUUCCCAGGCCCAAGUUUCAGUAGCAGACAGUGUUGUGCUGGUACAAAUAAUCCAGCUCAGAGUCAUAAACACACCUGGAGCAAAGUUGGUGCUGCUGUAUAAACAGCCAUGACCCCAUGAAAAAUAUUACAAAUUGGAACUCACAUCAGAUGAGAUACUGUAAAAGGACAACAUUACUCUGGCUGGUAUAUCCAGGGGUUGUCCAGUAAAGCAGGGCUUUGGCUGAACAAGAGUUUAAGCAUUAGGAUGCAUCUCUGUGGAACCAAAGAAGGGAACUAUUUGUGAAACAUGUCAUACCUAUUAAAGAAAUUUCUGACCUAUCAUAUUACCGCAAAGUCUCUUUGCUCAACAAAUCAAGGAUUAAUGAAAGGACAUUCAGAAUGUACAAAGUAUUUCAGUGUCUUCUACAAUCCCUGUUUUCAACAAAACUUGUCUACAACCACAAUGUUAAGUAUAACAAUAACUAGUAUUAUCAGUAUCAGUAUCUGCUGAUGAUGUAAAUACAUUUCAAGCAGAAAUCUACUCUGUGCUCAAUUCCUUGCAUGGAGUGUACGUCUUGCUACCCACUGGCAAAGCUGUUUAAACAUGGCAUAAAGUACAAACCACCAAGAGACAUGCCUUAGAUCCUAAUCAACUUGCCACCCAGAGCAUCAGGUUAACAGGUAUAAUACAACUUAUUGACAUUCAAUUGUAAAGGCCAACCCCAGCAGUAGCAUAUUAUAUAAGUAGUAAUUAAUGAAAGAUUAAGAAGAAAGUUGAUUUUUUCUUUUUUUUCUCAUAUUCUUUUAUUUGUCAUAUUUGCAAUUAUUUGUAAUUCUUCCUGUUCUUCUCCAUCUUUUUAUAGAAAAUAAUGUGCUUGCUAAAUUUAGACCUCAGUAUCCUCCAUUUUCUUGCCCUUGCAAUGUUAGCAAGAUAAAUACAAUGCAGACUUAAUAAAAAUAUAUGUAACAAUAUAUGUAUGUACCAGGGACAUACAAAGCUGGCAAACUUCUUGAUUUUACCAAACACGAAAAUAAAUUUGGCGAUAGAAGCACUUGGG